CAGCCUUCGCCCCAUUCAUUCAUCUUCAACUCAUCAAUAUUCUCCAUAAACAAAUCAAAUUUUCCCACUACCUUGUUCUUACACACACACAAAAAAAGAGAUUUUUAGCAUCGUCUACUUUUAGUUGUAGGAGUCAAGAAUGAGUUCUACAAGCCGUGCUUGGACCGUGGCAGCAAGUGUUGGAGUGGUGGAGGCCUUGAAGGACCAGGGAAUCUGCAGGUGGAACAGUGUUAUGAGAUCAGCACAGCAACAUGCUAAACAUAAUAUGAGAUCUUUGUCUCAGACCAAGAAGCUUUCUUCUCAAUCAUCUGCCAUGGCUUCUUCGAAAUUCAAAGAUGAGAAAGCCAAGCAAUCAGAGGAGUCUUUGAGAACCGUCAUGUACUUGAGUUGCUGGGGUCCCAACUAAACAAAGAAUAAUCGGAUUUAUGCAAUUCGGGAUUUCCUUUCCCUUUUCUUCGAUCAUGAAGCGAAGGAAGAUAAAGAAAUGGAUCCAGAGUCUCAUCCAACAUGCUAUAUAUAUGCUUGCUUGAACUGAGCAUGUGUAUAGUAUGAAGCA